AUGGUUAGAGAGAGAGGUAAUUAGAGUAACAUCCCUGGGACAUUAAUUUCAAUUAGCUUAGUUUCCAUUAGGUUUUCUUUAAUAUAUUCAUACGUUUCGUUACGUUUACGUUAACAUUUUAUUAUUUUAUCUUUCGAGAGAAGAUAUUAUUUUGUUACAAAAUUAAGUAUUAAUUAAAGUUAUAGAAUAUUUCGUUCAUAAAGAGUACGAGAAAUAUUUAUCUUUUAAUAAUAAACCUAACAUAAACCUACGAAGACAAUAAACGUACGUACAAAUUAAAUAGAUUUCGAGAGAGACUUCGAGAUUAGUUUCCUUUUACAACAGACGAUUAAACGUGGAAAACGUAUAAAUUAAAUAAGCCGAGCAACUUCGAGAUUGUUCAUCUUCGACGAUAAACGAUUAAUUGGUUUUCGUUUGAUUUCAGAAACAUCCAGGAUAUCAUCCAGAGGGAAAGGAUCGGUGUACAGCAAAGGCGGCGGUAGUAGGACACUGUCCAAGCGAUUUCUAAACGGCAACAUCAUCACUUUCGAUCGGUCUAAUCGUUCGUUACGAGCCACUUGUGAGUUAACAACACCAACCUCGUACUCCGGCUUUCUUAGGGGCACAAGCAACGGACAGGCAGCGUGUAUGAUCAUUGAAGAAUAUCCCCCUCUGCCCACCAAACCGAGGCAAUAUUUGCAUCAAGAUACUACCCAACGAUUUCUGAAUCAUCUAGUCCUGCCUAAACACAGGACCUCAAAAUUUUCCAGGUUAAUAUUUAGCAUCGAAAGCUACAGCCGUUCAGAGAAACGUGACUGGUGUCAGCGGGUAGUGCGGCACUCGUUACCGCAGACAACGAAAAUCACCCUGACUCGACACGUAACGAGCUACCAUCGGGUAGCCAUUGCCUGGCAACGUCGCUGCACAGCAAUCAAACUGCCGCUGGGAAACGUGGAAAAUAGAUCCAGAAGGACGCGGACGAAGACGUUACCUACUUGA